AAAUGUACUGGGAGUGGAACAAAAUUGUAGCAUUUAUAAAAAAUUCCUGACGCGCGACAGUUGGGUGGUGUUGUGUGUGCGUGCGUGUUGUUUUUGCAAUUUGAAUAAAAUAAAUUAAUAAAACAAAAAUAAAUAAAAAUAUUAAUUUGAAAUAUAUAUACAAAAAUUUAGGUAAUUUGUUUGUUGCUAACGAAUAAAAACAAAGCAUAAAUUUAAGUGUCAAGUAUUUUUUACACAAAAAAUACAAAAAAUUAAGAAAAAAGAAACACAAUUUUAUAUUGAAGUGCUUUUCUAAAUGCUGUUCACUUUUUAUUUGUACUGAAAACAUUUAAAAAAAAGUUGGCAUAAAAAUUUAAAAUCUUUAAAAUCUAAUGAAGAAAAAAAGUGCUCAAUAUCCAAUAAUAUAAUGACCAGUAGUAUCAAUAAAACAACAACAAAUUGGGAAGAUUUAUAAAGAAAAACAAAAGUUUACAGUGAGUGAAAGAAAAACUAUCCAUAACAACAAAAUCAACAAUCAAUUUUAAGUUACAUGUGCCAUAAUCAUCUUUGGGAUGCCAAAGCCCUUUUUAUUUUGAUGUCCAUCUUUAUCAUGUGAUUCUUUGUCGUUUCUUUUCUCCUCGAAAUCAACAAUAAUUUGCUGUAUAAUUUAUUAUUUAUCAUUUGCCAAAUGUUACUAGUUGAUGUCUAAUUUUCAAGUUGCUGCUUUUCGAAAUGCUGAUAAAAACGUUUAAAUUUAAUGCUUGUGAACACUCAUUAUAAUACCAGCAAACCACUUUUGAUCAAUUGCAAUAACCUGCAAUGCGGUACCAGAAAACACGUAAAAAAUUAUUUAACAAAAACAACAGCAAUAACAACAACAUUUUUAACUAUACAACAAUAGCAAUAAAUUUAUACAAUUAUCGACAAAAAGACGACAUACAAGUACAACAACAGCAACAAAUAUUUGAUACAUAAUUUAAAAAAAAAAAAAAAUCACUGUAAUAAUUUUAAUUUAUUUGUUUUUCAAACGGAACCCUUUAAAAGACAACAACAACAACAACAACACAAUUGGCAAAUUUGUUUUGGAAAAACUAAAAAAAACGUUUACUUUUAGUCUAUUUAAAGACUAAAACAAAGAAAGAGCUAGCGAUAUUUGAAGUCAAAGGUCAUGUUUGAAAAACGUUCCAUUUGGGGUUUAAUAGUGGGACUUAAUGUCUGCAUACUAAUAUGGUUGAUCUCAGUACAAGAGCCGGUUAUGUAUGAUGCCAAUACAGCGGCUAUAAGUAGUAGUAGUAAUAAUUUUAUAAUAAAUGCGGCAUCAGGAGGAGGAGGAGCGGGAGUGGGAGUGGGAGCAGGAGGCGGGGGCUGGGGUAGAGAUUUAUUAUCAAAACAUAUGCCCGCCCAAAGUAAUGAGUACUUAGAUGAAGUGACAUUAGCAGCCUCAACUUUAACCACCUCAAAUUUUAGUCAGAACCACAACAACAACAACAACAGCAGUAGCAAUUUUAAUAAUAAUAAUAAUAAUUUUAAUGUGUUUGAUGACAAGACCACCACAAAAACCAGCGAUUUGUCAGCGGACAUACAAUCACUCACCUCUAGUCUGGGCACAGGAGUGCUGGAUUUGAAAAUCAAACCCACACCAUCAUGGGCUACACUAACUGCUGUCUCAUCAGCACUGCCGCCGCAAGACUUUAAUCAAUUGAUAGAUUUACACAAUUUUCAAUUUCUCAUGCCACAACCCGUCUGUAGCAAUCACAUAGAAGCCUUAAUUCUAAUACAUUCAGCACCGAAAAACUAUGAAAAACGUGAAAUCAUACGAGAAACCUGGGCCAGUAUAAGUCAUCAUAGAGCCGAAUCUCCACUACGGGUACUCUUUCUACUGGGCGCUGUUGAAAGUGAACAAGUGCAAGAGGAUUUAGAAAAUGAAAAUAACCAGUAUAGAGAUAUUAUACAGGGCUCUUUUAUAGAUGAUUAUCGCAAUAUGACCUAUAAACAUAUAAUGGCCUUUAAAUGGUUUCUCUAUAAUUGUCCGCAGGCUCAGAUUUUGAUUAAGGUCGAUGAUGAUGUCUAUGUAAAUACACCACAGCUAAUAAAGUACCUUAGAGAGCAGCAGAUGCAGCAGCAACAACAGCUAAAUAAAAUGAAUAACAAUGACAAACCCACCAUUGCUACAGCAGUAACAGUGACACCAAAUAAAACUUCUACUACCACCACCAGCACAACAGCUUCUACAAUAUUUCAUAAACUCAAUAUCUUUGCCUCAGAAACACCUCCUUCAUCCGAAUCAUCAACGGCAUUUAAUGCCUCACAACAGCUCUUUAAUCAUCCUGAAAAUCUAUUGUUUUGCCAAAAAAUCAUUGGUUCAUUGGUUAAACGUUCCUAUCGUUCGAAAUGGCGUGUUAGUUUUAAAGAAUACUCCGAACGUUAUUAUCCACCCUAUUGUCCGGGCUAUGCCAUUAUCUAUUCACCCGAUAUUAUCUUCCGUCUUUAUAAAGCUGCUCAAAAUUUCAAAUAUUUUUGGAUUGAUGAUGUUCAUAUAACCGGCGUUUUGGCCCAACAAACGAAUACAACUAUAACCACCUCAUCACAUUAUGUACUGUAUAGUAACGAAUGUGAUCAAAUCUUAACGGGCAAGACUGAUCUCAGUAAAACGGAAUUUUUAUUCGCUUGGCAUAGUAUAUCAGCACAAAAAAUCAAAUUACUCUGGCAUCUACAAAUGAUGUCCAUACACUCGCUGGAUGAUUUACACUACAACAAAGAGUUAAAGAUGAAUGAUGUCUAUGAAAUGCAACGACAACGGCAGCCUCAACAACGACAGCGUCAGUCAGAAGAUAUUGUUGAGAAUUCAUCAUCAUCAUCAUCCUACACAUAUACCUCGGCGAAUGGCUUCAGAUAGUAGCCUGGCGUUUAGCUAAUGACAGAAAGAAAAAACUCAAACACACACACACACAUCAAACAUAAGAAGAAACACACAAAAACGCUUAUAUUACUUUAGUCUGUUUUAGUUUAUAAGUUUAUUUUUUUUAUUAUAACUCUAAAAUUAUACACCUAAUAUUAUUUAGUUUUUUUUUAUUUAAGUUAGUUAAGUAUGUUUUGUAAAUAUUUCAUUUAAGAUUUGUUAUGCAAUUACAGUGAGUGAGUUUGGACAAUAGUUUAAAGCUUUCAAAACUUUUACGAUAUUUGUUUUCUUUUUUUUUUUGAAAACAAACUUUUUCUAUUUGCUGUGUUGCUUAAAUUAAGCUUUUUAUAUAAGAAAAUGUGUAAGAUCCACUCUCACUUGUUUUUGUUUUA